AUGGAGGAAUUACGCAAAUCGCGUCUUCAGGCCUCCUGGCGGUCUCUGCAGGUCUUCCACUCUUCGUUGACUGACGCCGAGCGAUGGCUGUUGCGAGUUUCGCUUCAACUCGUCACCGUCAGCUCGGCCGAUCCCGACGGUCCUCGAGCCAUUCGUCGACUCUUUCUCAUGAUCGAGAGGUUGCGCAACCAGUUGGUCAACUUUCGCGUCGAACGAUUGGCUCGACUGACAAGACAGGCUGCCGAGCUUGUCGGCCUGGCGACUGAAGAAGACGCUGAUGAGGAGGCAGCAAUUCGGGACGAGGCACGUCAUGAGUUGGAGGCAAUCAACGCCGUCGCUAUCGCCAGUCUGGUAGCCAGUGAGCGUUCCGAAAGCGAGGAUGACGACAGUGUUUAUGGUCUCGUUGGCGACGGUGGUGGAAAGGCAGAAGAGCUGAUUCCAGAUUCACGAGGCCUAGGCCAGGACAUCCGUCGGCUCGGGUUAGCCACAGCCUCGGCUGCUGGUCGAUCUUCAAUACAUUCUCAACUGGCGUCAGAAGAGCCAGUGGUCGGACGGGGCAAGAGCAAGAAAUGCUUUACGGAAGACGAAGAUGCCUCGGCAACCACCAGCCAGAAGAGGAAGCACCAUCAACCGCCACAAAAUAGGCGUCGUGAUCGUCGAGCUCCUCUGCCUGGCUCGGCCAGUGCCACGGCGCAACACUUGGCCCGACAAGUGGAGCAAAUGGUUGCCACCCGCGUAAGCCUGGACGAUAUGGUGGAGGAGAUCGAGGUGAGUUUCAGCAUGUUGUGA